GAAAUAUGCAUAGGAUAGCGACGAGGCAGCCUUAACCAGCGGCUGCUUUUGGAUGCGGCCGUGCCAUGUACCUGAAGCGGUGACGGCUGCUGAAAUGCCCCACGCGUUAAACUGACAUGGCGCAGAUGCCAUACAGGCUCUUCCGCCGUCGGCCGCCGCCCGCCGCCCUCCCGAGGGACGCCGGCGGCGUGAAGGCCCAUCUGGGCCGGGCGCAGCUGCUGCUGCGCGCCUGCGGCGACGCGGCGUCCGAGGCGGGCCUGCGCGGGCGCUGGGACGCGGCGCGGGUCAAGGGGCUGGUCGCGGCUGCUGGGCCCGACGAUGGUGUGAGGCGCGCCGCGGCCGCAGUGGAGGAGCUGCUGCAGGCCGUCGUCGCCACCAGACGCGCUGACAAGCUCGAGAGGCUGGCUGCAGAGGAGCCGGCGGCAGGGCCGAAGCCGAUCCCUCGGGCCAUCGAGAGCGGGGACGCCAUGGGUGCCCCCACGGGAGCGGACGCGGCCGGCCCCGUGGCAGCGGGCGGGGCGCGCGCGGCGCCGGGUCGGCUCGCGAGGCUGCGGGCCAGGCGCGGCUUCUGCGCGUGCUGCAAGCGCCCGCUGCACCUGUCGCUCGCGGAGGCGCCGGCGCCGAAGCGGGCGCGCAGCGGCGACAGGUACGCGUACGUGGUGGCGCUGUGGGGCCCGAGCCCCGAGUACCUGCUCGGGGCGCUGGCCCUCGGCUGGUCGCUGCGCCGCCACGGCGCCGCCCACGACCUCGUGGCCCUGCACGCGGACGACCUGCCCGCCGGGGCCGUCGAGCUGCUGCGGCGCGGCGGCUGGGCGCCCCACCAGGUGCCACACGUGGAGGCGUGCGGCGCGUUGUUUCAGGAGUGGACGCGAAACGGGCGCUUCGCGCAGGUGUUCACCAAGAUCCGGGUGCUCGGGCUCGUGCAGUACCGAAAGGUCCUGCUGCUGGACGCCGACAUCAUCGUGAAUGCCAACAUCGAUGACCUGUUCGAUCUGCCUGCCCCUGCUGCCAUGGCAAGAGGUCCCCGCUGCGGCUACGCACAUGGUGAAAGGAUCGACGGUGAGUUCUUCUUCGGCGGCUCGCAGGGCGACGAGUGGUCCUGGGGCCAGACGGGCGGCAUCAACGCCGGAGUCAUGCUUCUGGAGCCAGACGAGCAGACCCUGGCCCAGUGCCUGCUCGAGAUCACGGACCCGCGGCACCCGGAGCACGUGCCCGGCAACGGCCCCGAGCAGGACUACCUCUCGCGCUUCUGGGCCGGGGAGUGGCGGCACCUGGACGUCUCGUACAACUUCCAGCUGCACCAGAUGUACUUUGCGCUGAGCCCGCUCGGCCUGUCGUCCGACCGGGCCAGGUUUCUGGACGGCACGGGGCCGGCCCGGAUCAAGGCCGUCCACUUCUCCGCCGACCCCAAGCCCUGGGCGCGCUACCUGGAUCCCGGCUACGCCGGGCUGGCCGACGACGCGUGGCUGGACGAGGUCCGGCGCAAGUUCAAGGGCUACCGGGCAUGGGUGCUGCAGGACCCGGGCGGCGUGCAGAAGGGGGAGCAGGGCCAGGAGUCGCGGGUUUCAGGAGCGAAAUAG